AUGGGUCAGAUUAUUCUGAAAGGUCUUGAUGGAGCCGACAAAAGGGACGUUAUUAGAGCAAUUCUGCCAGAUGGUUCCAUCUACACGAGAAUUUUUACAACAUGGAGAGAUGAUGACAUCGUUGACGAAUAUCCCCGUCUAGAAGAAUCAAACGAUUCUAUGGGAACAAUUGAUGAAUUUAUGAAGAAAACAACUGAUUUGGUCCACUUGAAACUUUCGAGGGCAACUUUUGACAUUGAGCUUUGCAUCAGCGCACCAAUAAUCUCAUGCAUGUGA